AUGACGUUGCUCUACGAUAUUGCUAAAGCUUAUAUGGCGCUGUGUUCUUUCAAAUGUAAACAAAGUAUUAAGUUCUUUAAUUCCCUGUCAUAUCACCACUACAAUACAUCUUGGAUUUUGUGUCAAGUUGGCAAGGCCUUUUAUGAAAGCUGUCAGUUCAGAAAGGCGGCGGCAGUAUUUGCUAAUGUGCGAAAGUUAGACCCUUACAAAGUUGAAGAUAUGGAUAUUUAUUCUACGACUCUUUGGCAUCUGCAUAAAGAAUCUGAUCUAGCUUAUCUUACGCAUGAGAUGAUUGACAUAUCCCGUCAAUGUCCACAGACAUGGUGUGUCGCUGGAAAUUGUUUCAGCUUGCAAAAGGAACAUGAUGAUGCAAUUAAAUUUUUUCAACGUGCACUGCAGGUGGAUCCUAGUUUCGCGUAUGCCUAUACAUUGUUAGGACAUGAGUAUAGCCUUAUAGGAGAGCUUGACAAAUCACAAAAGUUAUUUAAAGAUGCUGUAUAUGCCGAUAGUAGACACUAUCAUGCUUGGUAUGGUAUGGGAAUGAUAUACUAUAAACAAGAGAAAUUUGAUUGGGCUGAAGUUCGUUUUAAGCAGGCAUUCGCGAUAAAUCCUAGUAGCUCUAUAUUAUUAUGUCAUAUUGGCUUGGCACAACAUGCUCAAAACCGAAGCGAUGAAGCCUUAACAACUAUGGAAAGUGCUAUAAAACUUGAUCCUAACAAUAUUUUAUGUCAAUAUCAUCAUGCUGCAAUGCUAUACGCUAUUGGUGAAUACGAGAAAGCCUUAUCCGGAUUAGAAAAGUUAAAGAAAACAGCUUCUAGAGAGUCCCUUGUUUAUUAUAUGAUUGGAAAGAUUUAUGAUAAAUUGAAUCAGCCUCAUUUAGCGUUCAUGAAUUACUCUGAAGCAUCUCAUCUGGAUCCUAAAGGACAAAAUAAUGCCAUUAAAGAAGAAAUUAACCGCCAAUAUUUAAAUGAACGUAAUGACAACGGUGCCAAUGAUAAUGGAAUUGGAGUUUUAGAUGCGGUUCUAGAACAAGAUCCAGAUAAUGAUAACUCUAAUUUCUCUGAAACUGACGAAGCUGAAUGA